AUGUCGGCGCGAUGUGUCGAUUGGAAGAGGUACAUGUACGACGGCGGGAAGAAUGCCGCACCUGUGCAGCAAGUGAACGGCCUCCCGCGCAUUCCUCGCGCUCGAAAACUCGCUGACGAACUGCUGGGGCUGAGCGAGGCAGAGCCCGAUGUGCGAGGCGGCGAAGCCGGCGUCGGCGAGAAGACGCAAAGCCGCCCAAGCUCGCCUCGAUUCGCCAAGCCGGAGCGGCGGAGCAGCCGCGGGAGCGACGACCGGAGACCUGGCAAUCACGCAGAUCGCCCCAGCGGAGACAGCGCGUCGCGGGCACUCUCUCCACGAUCCCCAGGAGGCUCGGGCGUCUCGCCGCCUCGACAGCACGCCGGACGCUUCGACAAGACACGCGAACGCGAGGACACGGAGAGACAAAAAAGGGAGCGAGAGAGAGGGUGGGAAAGGGACAGCGAGAGAAAGAGGGAGCGAGAGAGAGGGCCUUCUUAUGGAGAGCGGAGUGCUGGCUCUUUCUCUUCGGUGAUUUCCUCCGCACGCUCCGGGUCUGCGUCGUCCGGCUUUUUUGCAGGAAGGAAAGCAGAGGCCGGAGACCGGCGAGAGCAUUGGGGACACCGAGCAGAAGGCAGCCCGCGAGCACCCUCUUCGGGUCCCAACUCGCCGACGACUGGGGAUGCGCCAGGACGAGUUGUCGCGCCUUCCGCGAAAGGUUCGACCGGAAAGGACGUGUCCGAGUCAAAAAGUGGAGAGACCCACGGGGAUCGAGCUCGCGAGUCUUUGGACAUCUUUCGGGAGGAGCACGCGAACGGCGCGACGGCGCGCGACACAAAAGAGGAAGACGGAACCGCUGACAGCAAAGAAAUCAAAAACGAAAAGACGGAAGUGAGAGUGGGGCCGAGCAGCAGCGGGAGGCCCACACACUGCGCUUCGGCUGUCCGGACAGCGGACGAGACCCCAGGUGCUUCUCCGCAGGCGCCUUCGUCUUCUUCAAAAGAAACUGAGGUGGGGCGAGCUCCCGACAGAGACAGGAGCGAGACAGCAAGCAGCGGAGCCAGCGAAGGGCCCGCGGACGCCGGCAGGACCCAGGAGCCAGGCACCUUCGCUUCUCUCUGCAGUAGCCCGUCGAAUAGGCUGAUGUGUCUCCAUUCGUCCUUCUCCGCGAUUGCCGCGCAAAAGGCAGGGAGAAGUCUCAAGGACGACGCAGAGGGAACCGCUCAACCGCCGCGAGGGCCUUGGCUGGUGCGGCAGCGCGGCUUGCCGUCGUCCGCGCUUCCGCGGUCGCACGGAGCUCCCGGCGAAAAGAGGAAGGCCGAGGAAACAGAGCCAAGUCCUUCCAGUCCGACCCCCAAAAAGCCCAGAUGCGAGGGUGAGAAAGACAGCGCAGAGGACCCGGAGAAGCAAGCGCAGCCAGAGAAGGCAGGGAACACAGCGCAUCUCGAGGCCGACACGCCCAAGGAGAAGCCACGGAGUUCUCAGAGUGGGAAGGACGCGGCGUGUGGGGUGUCUCCGAGCCAGGCCUCGUCUCCGAGUGUGAAGAGGCUCCGCGGGAAGCGUCGUCGCCUCAUUCGCGUCGGCUCGCCAGGGUCGAGCGACGACGACUCUGCCGUUUCCCACGGGGGGGGGUCGACUGUCUCCGUGGCCUCGGAGAGUCCGUCACCCGCCCGCAGGUCCACGCGCGCCUCGCUCCCGGACGUCAAGGGCGCCAAGGCUGGCAAGGGUGGCGAGGAGACAGGCAAGGUUGGCGACAAGCUGCGAGCGUCAGGACCGUCUGUGGCGUCGCGUGCGUCUUCGCCGCAGCCGUCGCCGUCUUCAGAGUGUUCCGUUUUGGUUCUCGACUCUGAGACGUCGUCCUCGGAGGCGAGCAGCGACGAAGAAGACGCACUGGAGGCGUUGCAGGAGUGCUUCACUGAAAGCGCAGAGAUGACGGCGCGCCUCGUCCAGGCGCUGGGCGGGUCGGAGAAGCACGGACAGGCCGACGUCGCCGAGAAGAUCGGGCGGGGCCGGUGUCACCCUGAGAAGUCGUUUGCGCUGCCUCCGGACCUGAGCCGGCACACGUCGUCGGUCGUGGAGCGCCUGAAGGAGUAUCAGCAGUGCGGCGUUCACUGGCUGAUCACUCUCCACGAGGCGAACCGGAACGGCAUUCUCGCCGACGAAAUGGGUCUGGGGAAGACGGCGCAGACCUGCGUGUUCCUCAACUACCUCUACCAGAGCGGCAUUCUGACCAGUCCGACGAUAAUCGCCGCUCCCGCGUCGCUUCUCGACAACUGGAUGAAGGAGCUGGAAGUCUGGGCUCCGUUCCUCGCUCCGGACCGCGUGAUGAAGUACCACGGGAAGCAGACGGAGCGCAGAGAGAUGGCUGUUCAGUUCCUCGACUCUCUCGACUCGGACGACAAAUUCCUCGUCAUGGUCACCUCAAUCAACACCCUCACGUCCAAGUGGGACAUCCAGUACCUCCGGCAAAUCCGCGAACUCUCCUACCUCGUCGUCGACGAGGCACACUCGCUGAAAAACAAAGACAGCCUCGUGUACAAAAAACUGAACAAAACUCUGAAAUGCGACCGCCGGCUCCUCCUCACUGGGUCGCCGAUUCAAAAUCGCACGUCGGAGCUUCGCAAUCUCCUGCUCUUCCUCAUGCCGGCCGUCUUCGAUGGGGACUCCCUCGACCUCGCCCUCAAGGCCUUCUACCGGCAGACGCGCCGCCAGAAAGCCGCGGAACACCGGAGACAACGGCGGCUAGCUGCAGCCGGCGCUAGCUCCGCUGGCGGGCGGGACGGUGAGGCCGGGAACGUGUCUCCGAAGACGGCAGAAGAAGCGCAGUCGUCAGAGUCCUCCAGUGGAAAUCCUCAAACCAAAAUCCUUCCGUCGCCCGCCACGAACCCGUCUGCUUCCUCCUGUUCUUCUGCGUCAGUUGAAACAAAUGGAGACGCGAAACCUGUGGACGGAGUCAGUGCCUGGCCAGCCUCGGAGUCCUGCGAGGUGUUGGAGCCUUCUGGGAGAACGGAAAACGGCGAGAGCAGCCUGAUUGGUGAGCUGCGAAAAUCGGGGGAGACGGCACGGAGUUUGCUGGAUGUGCUGACUGCGGGGGGUUUUCCGUCCGGCUCGCCACCCGAGUUGAAUUCUUUCUUGCUUGAAGGGGCGAACGCGAAGGUUGCGGCGAAGGAAGACGAGGCAGCGGCGUGUCAGCAGGCUGCAGAAGUCGAGUGUCUCCAACGCAUUCUAUCACCCUUCAUUCUCCGCCGUCUGAAGAACGAAGUUCUCGGCUGUCUCCCCAAGAAGAAGAACGUCGUGCUCAGAUGCGAAAUGCAGGGCCGGCAAAAAGAGCUGUACAUUCAAGAAAUCCACACCUGGCAGUCGGAGUUGACGCGCUCCCUCGAAAAACUCACCUCCGAGCUCACCGGCCAACCGCCGUCGCCUUCUUCUGGCGUCUCUGUAGAGGCGGCUGGGAGGGCGGCGAGCUCCAGCAGUGAGAAGCCGUCGGGCCAGGGAUCUCUCGAUGCCGCCAAGGCCGGUCCGAGUCUGGAGAGCGACGAGCCGCGGUCAGCCGUGAAAAAAGGCAACCCGCGUGGCGAUGAGUACCCCGAUGCGUCUCCCGCGCAGCCUGUCGCCUGCUGCGCGGGAGAGAACGGGGACGGAGGCGCGAAAGGCUGCGUGUCGCAGAAGGACCAAGACGCGACCGACGCCAGUGCGCAGGCGCCGAACAACCUGGCAAACUCGCCUGCCGACAGCUCGCCACUCGGCAACGACGGAGAGCGCACCGCGGGCGACCUCGAAGGACUGAGUGUCGGAAAAGGGCCGAAGAGAGGUGCUGCGCUCGCCGCGCCUGCGAAAAAGAAAUUCGUCAAUUCUCUCCUCGCCCGCUUGCGACGCAUCUGCAACCACCCUGUCCUCAUGCAGGGUGCCUACACGAACACGCAACUCGAGGAAAUCGUGCACCACUUUUGGCUGAGAGUGGAUGGGUUCAAGGGGAAUCCGCAAGAGAAAGUCGACGAGGAAAUUCGCAAGUGGAGCGACUACGAAAUCCAUCAGGCGAUCCAGCAGCAGGUUUCUCAGGGGGACUCCCGUCUCGCUCACCUCUUGCUCCCCAAGGAGAUGGUGAUGGACAGUGCGAAGAUCCGGAAGAUGAUUGAGAUUGUUUCGGAGAUCAAGAAAAAGGGCGAGAAGGCGCUGAUUUUCAGCCAGUACACGACGUACUUGGACGUCGUUGAGGAGUGUUUGACGACGUUUUGCGGCGACAUCGGCAAAUGUCGUCUCGACGGUUCGACCGCCGUGGAGGAUCGUCAGGCUUUGGUGGAUGAAUUCAGCACAAAUCCUGAACUGACGCUUUUCCUCCUCUCCACAAAAGCUGGGGGACAGGGACUCAACCUCACAGCUGCACGAACCGUCAUUCUUAUGGACCAGGACUGGAAUCCACAGAACGACCGACAAGCUGAGGAUCGAGUUCACCGCCUCGGCCAAACACAGGAUGUCACAAUCUACCGACUCUGUUGCCGAGGCACCGUCGAAGAAUCCAUUCUCAAGUGCUGUCAGGCGAAACUCGACCUCGACGUUGCGUUUGGUGGCAACAGCGAGCUGCUGCAGGCAGCGAUUCUUCAAGAUUCCUUGAGUGUCCUAUCGCCCGAUACGGAAGACGAACCUAACCAACCAAAGACUUAA